AUGGCUGGUGUUCGAUCCCUCGGCGUUCUCUCUAAAUUGACAUUAAGGAGAUACGGUGCCGCACCAGGAACUACCUUUCGAACAUUCUCAGUGGCCACCGCAAUGCAAGCUCGAACCCAUGUAAACUAUGAAGUCAAGGACGAUGUUGCUGUGGUUCGAAUCAAUGACCCCAGUUCUAAGGUCAAUACCCUGUCUGUCCAAAUGCAAAAGGAGCUGACAGAGGUCAUGAACGAGCUUUGGGCGGACAACGCCGUUCACAGCGCUGUCCUCAUUUCCUCCAAGCCGGGGUGCUUCAUUGCAGGAGCUGAUAUCAAUAUGAUCCAGGGAUGCAGCAACACCGAGGAGGUCACGAGGCUCUCGCAGGAAGGCCAAAAAAUGUUCGAGAUGAUCGAAAAGUCCCCAAAGCCCAUUGUGGCUGCCAUUAACGGCUCGUGCUUGGGAGGAGGCCUGGAGUUCGCCAUUGCGUGCCAGUACAGGAUCGCAACAAAAAGCAAGAAGACAGUGCUAGGUACGCCAGAAGUCAUGUUGGGUCUUUUGCCAGGAGCUGGCGGAACACAGAGACUCCCCAAAAUGGUCGGCUUACCCAGCGCUUUUGACAUGAUGCUGACAGGACGAAACAUUCGAGCUGAUAAAGCCAAAAAAAUGGGCCUGGUCGACCAACUUGUAGACCCCCUUGGCCCAGGUUUGAAGAGCCCUGAGGAAAGGACCAUCGACUACCUAGAGGAGGUCGCUGUGGAAUGUGCGAGAGGCAUCGUGGGCAAGAAGAUUCCACUCCGCAAGGAGAAGGGCACCAUGCAGAAAAUACAGGACUACGUAAUGAGCUUCGAGAUGGUACGCAACCAGAUUUAUAAGACGGUCCACGGUAAAGUCAUGAAGCAGAGCAAGGGGCUUUAUCCCGCACCUCUCAAGAUCAUUGAAUGCGUGAAGACUGGCGUGGAGAAAGGUCCCAACGCCGGAUACCUGGCAGAAGCCCAGAACUUUGGACAUUUGGCCAAAACCCCCGAGUCUGCAGCCCUCAUUGGACUCUAUCAUGGUCAAGUCGCGUGCAAAAAGAACCGCUUUGGGAGUCCCGCAAAAGAAGUGAAGACUCUGGGAAUUUUGGGGGCGGGGUUGAUGGGAGCAGGCAUCGCCCAGGUGACUGUAGACAAAGGUGUGCACACCAUUCUAAAGGAUACUGCUGUGACCGGACUGGCCCGCGGUGAGCAGCAGGUGUACAAGGGGCUGAAUGACAAGACCAAAAAGAAGAGCAUCACGUCUUUUGAGAGAGACUCCAUUUUGUCAAAUCUGUCCGGAACGCUGGACUACAGCAGCUUCGACAAGGUUGACAUGGUGAUCGAGGCUGUGUUUGAAGAUCUCAAAAUCAAACACGCUGUCCUCAAGGAGGUGGAAGCAGUGAUUCCUCCUCACUGCAUCUUCGCUACCAACACGUCAGCUCUGCCCAUCAAGGACAUCGCCGCUGCUAGCAAGAGGCCAGACAAGGUUAUCGGCAUGCACUACUUCUCGCCGGUGGACAAGAUGCAGCUCCUAGAGAUCAUCACCACCGAGCAGACAUCUAAGGACACCACAGCGUCUGCGGUAGCUGUGGGGCUGAAGCAAGGAAAAGUCAUCAUCGUAGUCGGGGAUGGACCAGGGUUCUACACGACUCGCUGCUUGGCUCCCAUGUUGGCAGAAUGUGUGCGAGUGUUUCAGGAAGGAGCGGAUCCCAAGAAACUGGACGCACUUACCACAGGCUUCGGCUUCCCCGUGGGCGCCGCCACAUUGAUUGACGAAGUGGGCAUCGACGUGGCUGCCCAUGUGGCCGAGGACCUCGGCAAGGCCUUUGGAUCACGCUUCGGUGGCGGCAAUGUGGAUGUAUUAAAGACUAUGGUGGACAUGGGAUUCAAAGGUCGUAAAUCGGGAAAAGGGUGCUACGUUUACCAGCCGGGCCUCAAAUCCAGAGAUGUCAAUCCAGAUAUUGAGGAAAUCCUGGAAAAAUACAAAAUAGUUCCCAAUCCUGCUGUUUCUUCAGAUAGUGACAUCCAAUACCGACUGGUUUCUCGCUUUGUCAACGAGGCGGUGCUGUGUUUACAAGAGGGUAUUUUGAACAAUCCUCUAGAAGGAGACAUCGGGGCUGUUUUUGGCCUGGGAUUCCCCCCCUGUCUUGGAGGUCCAUUCCGUUUUGUAGAUACUUUCGGCGCCAACAACCUGGUGGAGAAAAUGCAGCGCUACGAAACAGUAUAUGGUAAUCACUUCACGCCAUGCCAGCUCCUCUUAGAUCACGCCCGUGAUCCCGCCAGGAAGUUUCACAAGUGA